GUUGUGUCUAAAUCUAAUUGGGACAACCUUGUCUCCUGAGUGGGAGUUUUCUCAAUUCCCUUUGAAAAUUGUGUCAGAGUGAACUUUUAAAUAGAUGUGAGAAGAACAGAGGCAAAGAAAUAAUGAGAGCGGAGAGUUAUCACCGUAUAUCUGGACUCCAAAGACAUUUUGGACACAAGACUAAGACAAGAUGACAUCAGCAUAAGAUGCUUUUUGUUUUUUUCCCCAGAUUUUAUUGACUUUUCCAAAAAGCGUGACAGAUGUUUCUUGAAACAGGACAUCUGCCCAUCUAUUUACCUCAAUUACGUUAUCGGCAUUCUAGGAUACUUAUGUUUCAUUUAUGAUGCUUGUGGAAUUAACACACUAAGAGAGGACUGAGCUGGAAGAACAAGACAUGCUGUGAAAGAGCGUUGAGGGACAGAGUGUCAGGAUGAGUGUGAGAUGGGAGACUGAGGGGUUACAGACUGUGGGCAUUGUCUGCCUGGUCAUCAUGUUUCUCAAACUCAUGCAUCUUCUGGGACUCAUAGACAUUACUGAGACAGACAGCAGUGACAGUGACCUUGAGCUGUCCACGGUGCGACAUCAGCCCGAGGGUCUGGAGCAGCUGCAGGCUCAGACCAAAUUCACCAAGAAGGAGCUGCAGUCCCUUUAUAGGGGCUUCAAAAACGAGUGCCCAAGUGGUUUGGUUGAUGAGGAAACUUUCAAAACCAUCUACUCUCAGUUCUUUCCCCAAGGAGAUGCCACCACAUAUGCCCACUUCCUGUUUAAUGCAUUUGAUCUCGACAGAAAUGGCUCAAUUCGUUUUGAGGACUUUGUGAUUGGUCUGUCCGUGUUGCUGAGAGGAUCUGUCACUGAAAAGCUCAACUGGGCUUUCAACCUUUAUGACAUCAACAAGGAUGGAUACAUCACUAAAGAGGAGAUGCUGUUAAUCAUGAAGUCAAUCUACGACAUGAUGGGCAGGUAUACCUACCCCAGUGUGCGAGAUGAAGCUCCAUCUGAACAUGUGGAAAAGUUCUUCCAGAAAAUGGACAGAAAUCGAGAUGGAGUGGUCACUAUUGAGGAGUUUAUUGAAACCUGCCAGAAAGAUGAAAACAUCAUGAACUCCAUGCAGCUCUUUGAAAAUGUGAUAUAGGAUGGGAGUGGAGCGAUCCAAAGCUAAAACAGCCCUCAAAGCCCCAGUCCAGUUCUCUCCACAUGUCUAUAUAUCAACCUAGCACAGCAGUCACUCACUGUCUUGUCCUGUAGCACUACUCCCAUGCCUGCUGCACUCCGUAGAAUUCUAUAGACCAACACAUAACCUACAGUAUGGCUUCACAGUUUGUACUUCACAGCAGGACCACUUUUAAAAAGAAAAGCCUGGAUGGCUGGGAUCCUUUCAGCUGCUAAAUACUGGAAACCAUGUGAUGGAACUUUCUGAUCAGAAUAAAAAAAUGAAGUAGCAAAGCCAGGUUUUUAUCACUGGCUCAUGGAUUCCAAUGGGCUCUCUAACGUCUGUAAAAAACCAUCACCACUCUGGACUGCUUUCUUCGGCCUCAUGAAUGAGGCAGAUUACAAGACUCAAUCUCAACCCUCCAGAUACCAUAGUUUUAAGGAGAGUACAGCAGCUAGGGAUUUCAAGGGACCUAAAGGAAGGUCCAGCACCAAUGACAAUUUGAAGCACACCAGAGACUACACGUAAAACGACCAAAAGAACAAAAUAAAUGUGAUGAAAACUGACCUGAAGCAUGCCUGUCCAAAUACGUGAGAUAUUUUUGAUUUUCUUGCAUGAAGACUGACAAAGUUGUACAUUUUCUUCCUUGUAAGCCAGUAGGUCCCACAGAAGACUGUAAGCAAACUAAAGCAACUGUAUGUGUGAAGUUACAUAGUGUACCAAGUUCUACUCAAACCUGUAUUGCACAUAUCUGUGGGGCCAAGGUGAUUUCCUUGGUCACAUUUGAUUCUUGCACAGCAAUGAGGUAUAUUAAAAAUUAUAUUUACACUAUAGGCAUUUUAGAAGUAUAGAAGUAUGCGUUUUAUUUUCAGAAAUGUAUUUAUUUGUCAAGUGGCAUCUAAUGGACAGGGUUUGGCCAUGAACGGACAUGUCCAGAUUAUUAAAAAUGUGGUUUACAAGUUUUAUUAUGCUCACUGAAAAACAAUCUGGAUUUAUAUAUACAAUAUGUAUAUAUAAUACAUAUAUAAAAAAGACUGAGAUAUAUUCUGUACGAGAGGCUCGUUUAUCCUUCUUUUUUACUUUUGCCAACAUAUUGCACUGUAAGUGUGACAUGUCAUUUGAUCAAGUACAGUAUACAAUGGGCAACCAUGGGAAUCUCCUUCUUAUAUGACAAUCAUAUCAUCAGGAGUAUGGAUAGUUUUUACUCUUACGCAACAAUCCCCUUCUAUUUGGGGAUGUGAGAAAUUAUUGCUCACCUAUAAAGGAACAAAUACUAUGAUGAUGAUGAAGUUAUAGUAAAGGUUCAAAGUUCAAAGUCUGAUUUCUGUUCACUUUUAGUAAAAGCACCUAAAUGAGCUAAAAGCUCUUAUUUAUUUAUUCAUAGUUUGUUUGGUGGGUUGGAGAAGAUAGUUUAAUGUACAACGAAUAAAAGAUGCACAACUCUUGAUCAAAA